AUGGUUGCCUUUAUCUCCAAGAAAAGAAAGUUAGUCGCUGACGGUGUCUUCUACGCUGAAUUAAACGAAUUCUUCACUAGAGAAUUAGCUGAAGAAGGUUACUCUGGUGUCGAAGUCAGAGUUACUCCAACCAAGACUGAAAUUAUCAUCAGAGCUACCAGAACUCAAGACGUUUUGGGUGAAAAUGGUAGAAGAAUCAAUGAAUUGACCUUGUUAGUCCAAAAGAGAUUCAAGUUCAAGCCAGGUACCAUUGUUUUAUACGCUGAAAGAGUUCAAGACCGUGGUUUGUCUGCUGUUGCUCAAGCUGAAUCCAUGAAAUUCAAAUUGUUGAACGGUUUGGCUAUCAGAAGAGCUGCUUACGGUGUUGUCAGAUACGUCAUGGAAUCCGGUGCUAAGGGUUGUGAAGUCGUUGUUUCUGGUAAAUUAAGAGCUGCCAGAGCUAAGGCUAUGAAAUUCGCUGACGGUUUCUUGAUCCACUCCGGUCAACCAGUCAACGACUUCAUUGACGUUGCUACCAGACACGUUUUGAUGAGACAAGGUGUUUUGGGUAUCAAGGUUAAGAUCAUGAGAGACCCAGCUAGAUCUAAGGUCGGUCCAAGAGCUUUGCCAGAUGCUGUCACCAUCGUUGAACCAAAGGAAGAAGAAAAAAUCUUGGUUCCUUCUGUCACUGAUUACAGACCAGAAGAAGAAGAAGCUACCGCUUGA